UACUAUUUUCAUUAUAAUUUUUCAUUAUAAAAUUAACAGAGAUAUGGUAAGAAAAUAAAAAUAUACUUUGUUCUGUAACCUUUUUCAAAAUUCCACUGCCAUCUGAUGGAUUCUUUCGUAGUCACUGGCCACUGCCUUCGCACGUGUUUGAGGUUACAUUCAUGUGCGUCUACGAGUUUCUUCGUGUUUAUCAGUUAUGUGUUAAAUUUUCGAUUAAAAUUUUAAUUAAGUGUUAAAACAAUCAUUAUGGAAAAGAUUGAACACUUGUGGAAUGUAACUCAAUAUUUGACAAAAUUCCAAUGUCCAGAAGCGAAUAAAUUACAGAACCAUUAUAUAGAACGUUGUAGAAAUUUAGCUAACGAAGUUGAAUUACCAAAAUUAUGUUUUGGCCCUUCAACGAUGUGCUCUCAUUGCGGCUCACUUUGGGCUACUACGAAUCAUCAAGUGAGAAUAUUACCUGGUAAAAAAAUGUCCCGCUCUGUUGGUAAGAUGAUUAAAACUAAUACCGAUGAGAAUAAGAUAUCCAAACUACAAGCUAAAUUAAUUAAAAAAUGCAAAAAGAAUGAAAUGAAUAAAAUGUCUAUAAGAUGUUUUGCAUGUUUGCGUUGCACUGAAGUUAGAUUUACUAAACCGAAAAGAAUAGUUAAGACUUCUGACAAUGCGUUAGAGAAAUCCAAUAUUCAACAGAAAAAAAAGAAGAGAAAAGGAAAAGAUAAAACGGUUGGAUUAAAUAUUUCUGGAAAUUUAACUUCAAAAUUACAAUCUAGCGAAAGUCAAAAAACUCCUGUAACGAAUAAAACAAAUCAAUCUAAAAUGAAUUUAAAUAAACCGAAAUUAAAGAAAUUGAAUAUAAAUAAAUUGAAAGAUAUAGUAAAUCAAGGUAUGACACCACCUAAUAGAAAGAGUUUAACAAAUUUUUUAAAAGAACUUUCAUAAAAGAAAUGAAAAAUCUUUUCUCAUCCUAUUGCACUAAACGACGGCUUAUGCCUAUAUGUAUAGUAAUUUAUUGAGUAUUGCAUUACUUCCUACAUGCGGCUGAUAAAAUAUGUAAAUAAUAAUGACUUCAUUAAAGUACGUAGAAGUUA